UUGACAAGUUGCACUAUAUAAUGGUGAAUUAUGAAAUUCUAUAUUGCUAUAGCAUCUGGGAAGGUUGGGAAGUAAUAAAAUUUGGCAGAUAUGUUGGGAUAUUUCUAAUUUUUUACUUGCAAGUUAAUUUAUUCAAGUAUAAUCUCCCAGCAAUGUUGUUUCACAACAUAGACAUGGUCAAUUAUCAUGUGCAGUUUAGUGAUAUAUCAAGAGAUAAUGCAUUAAAAAAAAGGUUGGAAGUAGUUCUUUUGUUCAUAGUGUACCUUGCUUAUGGAUAUGAUGAUGGCAGUGCUCUAUCAUACAUUCUUCUUACAAUGACCAGUUGGUUCAUGGCACUCUCUUGGCUUUUUGCUCCCUAUUUGUUCAACCCAUGCCCAUCUGGGUUUGAGUGGCAGAACUGAAAGAUUGGUGGGCAUUUGGGUGGAGUUUGCUUAGUCUACGUUACGUGUAAGUGAUCUUCAUCUUAGUUGGUGUUUGCUUUUCAAUUACUGAUCUUGGUUUAUUGAAUAGCUCCAUGUAUUUCUAUAUCUAUAAUUAAGCGUACAUAUAUAUAAAAUUUUACUCAUUAGUUAAUGAUUCAUUGUACUUGAAGGUAGUUCAAUUCUGCUAUUUUGUUUGACUCU